AUGGUGCUGUUUCCCCAAGUCGCGAAAUGGUUUCGUAUGCAUAUUUUCUCACCUAGCGGAAUGCAUUUUUUCAAGAAUUUUACUUUGGAAAUCAUCAAAGAGAGGAAAAGAACUGGAAAGAAAAGGAAUGACUUUUUGCAACUCUUGGUGGAUACCGCGGAUGAAGUAGAGGAACUAGAGAAACAAGAAGUUGAGAAGGAAAAUUUGACUGAAAAUUACGGCAAAGACGAUACAAGUCACCAAGUGUUUAAGGGUGUCAGUAAAAAAUCCCUCUCUUACGAUGAGCUAACAGCAAACUGCGUCAUAUUCUUCUUGGCUGGGUAUGAUACCACUGCCUCUACCUUGUCCUUUGCUAGCUAUCUAUUGGCUCUUAACCCAGAUGUUCAAGAAAAACUUAUUGCUGAGGUAGAUGAAGCACUAAAAGCAUCUAAUGGUGAAAUUACAUACGAAUCUAUACAGGGGCUCAAAUGCUUGGACAACGUUAUUUCCGAAACUUUGAGACUGUAUCCGCCUGUUAGCAGGCUGCGAUGA